AUGGUCGCAGCGUCUCGAAAACGAACAGUGGACGGCCCUUCUGAGGUAAGCGCUUCGUCAGGCGCGGAAGUCUGUCUGGCUAAUAAGAAGGCUCAACAUGUCGGUGCCGUUAAGGUCAGGGUGGUGGAGUCCGCCGCCUCUGUGCUUUUCCAGGAGGAGCUACAACGCGCGAAAGAGGAGUUAGCCACGCUCAAGGAGAGUUCGCGGCUCGGUGAAGAAAACAUCCGGCUGUGCAACGAUAUCAUCUCGAGAAGCGAGAAUGCAUCGGCUACGGCUUCUGAAACGGCUUUAAUCGCUGCACUGCGUAGUGUUCUUGGACCUUCUGCCUUGAGUUCGACUCCAUUUUCGUACCCGGAGCAUCAGGGUCUGUCGACGGAACCUCAUAUACCCUAUGACGAGCUCUUGGAAUUGCACGUCGGGAAUCAGAAGUCUCUGGAUUCGUUGAUUUCGCUGAAUGGUACACUGCAAGAAGAGCGUAGGAAGCACAUACGUGAUAUCGAGCUCCUUCGUGCGAAGCUAGAAGUCCGUACAUCGAAGUCGACAGAGGACAAGUCAAUCCAGUGCUUCCAUAGGGAGAUAUCAAAGCCGGGAAGCUCGUCCCCACGCACCCCGCCUCAAAUUCCUCUAACUGUUCAUCAUCGCGCGGUUCUAACACUGAACAAGGAAAUCGAGGGCUUGAAACGAGAGAGGGACCGCGCCCAGUCGAAAUCCGAUGCGACUGUGAAAGACUUCAAGAUAUACAAAGCCGGGGUCGUACAGCAAAACCGCGAGCGAAACAAGGCUUCGCAAAGUUUCUUAACUGAUCUGCGCCGCAAAAUCAUGUCGGUGCUACAUGUCGGACACAUUCCGCAUCAUAUUGCGAUAUCACCAAUACAAACGGGGGACGUUGAGGAUAUGAAGUCGAAUAUACAUGGCAUGCUGAUGUGCAUGUUCAAACACUUCGAUCUGCAGAAGAGGGGAAACUCCCAACGGCCAAUAUGCCACACUGACGAGUUGCCUGAGCAUUUCGCGAACUUGCAAAUCGCUGAGGAUGCCGAGAUGAUCGUGGACGAAGUCAUGGCUCGGGACAAGCUAGACUUAACGCCGUCCGCGGCGACCGCCGCGAACCCUCAGGCACCUCCUUCAAAUUUGCUGACGGUCCGCGCGUUGGACGCAGCCAUGGAGGGAGUUAUUCGGGAUUUGGAACAUGGUCAGGCGUCGGAGGGGAAUGAGAAUGGCAUAGACUCUCCUCAGGUUCUCAACAAAGCGAGUGGGCUCGACGAGGACGUAGUCACUCUCCUACAUGACCCAGUACCAAUGCAGGAAGGGAAUAUCAUUCUCGGUAUGACAUCGCUUAAAGGGCAAGAGCAAGUGGGCGGCGCCGAGGUGGUUCGGGAAUGGGAAGCUUUGCGGGAGACAGCUGGCAAGGAGCUCGAACGCGUCAACCAGGAAAUCCUCAACGCACAAAAGGUAGCGAAGGACGAGGCGAACGCAACCGCCGCAGCGAGCAUCCGCGUGGCCACCGCGCAAGUGGAGGAAGCGCAGAGGCGGCUUCGCGAGGUCGAGGAGGAGAUUGAGAACCGGGCGGCUUCGGUGGAAAACGCCAACCGGGAGCUGGAGCGCGUCCACAAGGACAUGCAGAAGGCCAAGGACGAGGCCGAUGCUUCCGCCGCAGCGGUAAGAGAUCGGGCUCUCGCUGCCGCAGCUCGGUCGCUGACAGAGGGACAGAGCUCCCGCGAGGCCACGGCGCAGGAGGAGGAUGCCAGGAGGCGGCUUCGCGAGGUCGAGGAAGAGAUUGAGAACCGGGCGGCUUCGGUGGAAAACGCCAACCGGGAGCUGGAGCGCGUCCACAAGGACAUGCAGAAGGCCAAGGACGAGGCCGAUGCUUCCGCCGCAGCGGUAAGAGAUCGGGCUCUCGCUGCCGCAGCUCGGUCGCUGACAGAGGGACAGAGCUCCCGCGAGGCCACGGCGCAGGAGGAGGAUGCCAGGAGGCGGCUUCGCGAGGUCGAGGAGGAGAUUGAGGACCGGGCGGCUUCGCUUGAAGACGCCAACCGGGAGUUGAAUCGCGUCCGCCAGGACAUUCUCGAUGCGCAGAAGGCUCAGGAAGAGGCUCAGGCGUCCAGCGGAGCCGCCCAGGCGAGCUCCCGCGAGGCCACGGCGCAGGAGGAGGAUGCCAGGAGGGUACGCGCCCGGGCGAUGGUGCAGACAGAGAGCUUACGAUAUGGACAGCGGCUUCGCGAGGUCGAGGAGGAGAUUGAGGACCGGGCGGCUUCGCUGGAAGACGCCAACCGGGAGUUGAAUCGCGUCCGCCAGGACAUUCUCGAUGCGCAGAAGGCUCAGGAAGAGGCUCAGGCGUCCAGCGGAGCCGCCCAGGCGAGCUCCCGCGAGGCCACGGCGCAGGAGGAGGAUGCGAGGAGGCGGCUUCGCGAGGUCGAGGAGGAGAUUGAGGACCGGGCGGCUUCGCUGGAAGACGCCAACCGGGAGCUGGAGCGCGUCCACAAGGACAUGCAGAAGGCCAAGGACGAGGCCGAUGCUUCCGCCGCAGCGGUAAGAGAUCGGGCUCUCGCUGCCGCAGCUCGGUCGCUGACAGAGGGACAGAGCUCCCGCGAGGCCACGGCGCAGGAGGAGGAUGCCAGGAGGCGGCUUCGCGAGGUCGAGGAGGAGAUUGAGGACCGGGCGGCUUCGCUUGAAGACGCCAACCGGGAGUUGAAUCGCGUCCGCCAGGACAUUCUCGAUGCGCAGAAGGCUCAGGAAGAGGCUCAGGCAUCCAGCGGAGCCGCCCAGGCGAGCUCCCGCGAGGCCACGGCGCAGGAGCAGGAUGCGAGGAGGGUACGCGCCCGGGCGAUGGUGCAGACGGAGAGCUUACGAUAUGGACAGCGGCUUCGCGAGGUCGAGGAAGAGAUUGAGAACCGCGUGGCCUCGCGGGAGACUCCCAACAAGGUCAAGGAAGAGCAGGCGUACGCUAUCGCGGAGUUAGAUGCAACCCCUCGAUGCACCGACAAGGAUAUCCAAACCCAAAGGCCGUUGUCGGAGGUCGCUGGCGAGUACAAGCGGCUCAAUCUGUUACCUGUAAAUGCGCUGGAGCAAGCCAGGGGCUGUCCUCAGAUGCGUCGUUCAUCUCUCAAGAACGACGAACAGGUAGCGGCGAUGCUGUUGGCUGUUUUCCUGGGUGCAUGUUUACAAGUUCAUCAGACCCUUCCAGAGCGCGGUUCGCACCUCAGCCCCGCGGAAGUGGAAAUUGAGAAGAUUCGUGCGAAGAUUCUUGCUGCGCAGACGGAUCUACUUUCACUCCCUUCCCGUGAUGUGACCAGUGUUCCUACUUUGACCGGAUUUCAGCAGGACCUCGAUCGUGUCAGCACCGUCAAUGCACCAGCGCGAGAGCAAGGAAGUGCGUCAAUGGCCAGGCGGAUCAAGCAUUCAGGCUCCAUCGACGAUAUUCUGGAUACUGAUCCUGAACAGGGAUUCGAUGGAAUUCGGAUCAAAGGCGAGUUCCAUCGCGGGCCGACCUUGCAGCCUGCGAAAAGUGAUGUUAGAGAUGAUGGCCCUGCACCUUGGGGUCAUUUCACGCCCACGCACGAAGCCAAGCGACCAUCCACGUCUUGCCAGCCGAUCAACGAGCCCCCUGUUGGGCAAGGCACGUUGCCUGUGAACCGUCGUUCCCAAUUGUCCCACAUGUCGCAGAGUUCUGUGUCCUCGGCCCGCACCAAAACUACUCGAGAUCGCGGCGUCGUCUCGGGCGUUAGAAAUGCGCCCAAAAGCGUUGUACCCAAGGUCAAGCGUUCGACGUGUGUCGAAGCAAGCUCCGUCGGAGGCUGCCGUAGCGAUAAAGAGGGAGCUGCCAUGUCCUCCACAGCUCGCGGGACGGCCGUUGUACAACAAUCGAGCAACUUGACCGAAGCUUUCAUACGCAAGAAAGCCUUGAAAGACGCGAAGGUCAUCACGCAAAUGCAAGCAGCCAGAGCCGCUCGACCAGCCGUGAGUGGCAAUAUGCGAUUUCAGUCAAUCGCAUCGUAUACUAAUGGCUGCCCCAGCACACGCAACGCUGAAGGUUGGUUCGUAAUGUGA